UGGAUGGAUUGAUGGAUGGAUGGUGGGUGGAUGAUGGAUGGGUGGAUGGAUUUGGACUUUUAUUGCAAAUGUUGAUGAUCCAUAAUCUAGCUAGCUAGCUAGUUUGGAGGGGGGUGGAAAAUAUUUUUUUACCAAUAACCAAUUUUUUGGGGGGGGAUCAAAAACACCAAAAAUAUAUUUUUUUUCCAUUUUUUUUUUUUUACUUUUUCAUUUUGCCUUUUUGUCUUUGUUUUCAUGUUUUUACCAGCUGAUUCUCCGUUCAUGUCAUCCAUUAGUUUCAGUGUCAACACAAACAUGCAGUAGACAGCAUUUGAUAUAUUUCAUUGAUAAAGUCACCACUUCCUGGCUUUUUUACUGCCGUCUCCUCUUUUUACAUCACAAUCCAUCCAUCCAUCCAUGUUUCAUUCAUAUAGUUCAUAUCAUGCAGUGUAAUAUCAUUGCUUUAUAGUCGUCUUCACGUCAUGUUUAAGUGUGAUAUUCAACAGUAACCUAGCAUGACUUUUUUUGCAGGUUUUAUGUUGUUUUCUGCACGAGUGACAAGUGGCGCAGGUCGCUUUGGCAAACACACGACAGCCGUGUUGUGUGUUUUAGUGUUUUGUUGUUUUUUUUUUUACCGCAAAUUAAACAAGAAAUUCGUAAAAAGUACACAUUUUAUUCCGCCCCGCCGGGUCGUUACAUUUUUUUAAGUAUGUUCCACACCAUGAAGCCAUUUUAAUUCCAAAUGAAGCCCUUUAAAGUUGCAUUGAUGCAAUGUUUAACACUGAACGUGCUGGGAGGGUUUUUUUUAGCAUAAAGCGCAAUGAGACACUGCAGGAAACAGAACAUUUUGAAGGGCAGGAAAUUCCUCAUUUGCACACACUGAUGUAAAGACCAGAUCGCGUGUUUUGAUCGUGGGACGUAGCCAAAAUACAUGACGAACGAGCGAUGACGAGAUUAAGUGUACCAACUGUGACCCCCAUCAACACGAGAUCCUAAACAGCGCAUGUGAGCAGCAGAGGAAUGCACUCAUGUACAGGAAGCACUCUCGUGUUCUUCACGUAAACUACCGCGCUUAUUAUCGGCGUCAAGUCGGGGCAGCCAAUCAGGCUGUUAAUUGAUCGGUGAUUUUAGGAGUUCCCACAGCGUGGAAGGAGGACGUUCCCCUUAUCACACCCCCAUAACCACAUCUCAGUUUUAUCACCGCAGGCGGCGUCCCAUGAUGACUUUUAACAGCUCAUCAGUGUCACCUCAGGGAGGAAGUCGCCGCCGGCUGCGAGAUGAAAUCGCCAUCGAUGACUUUGGGCCGAAUACGAGAAAAGAGGAAGGGCGUCGAGGCGGAUUUCAUCAUAACUCUCCUCCUCAUACCGUAAAGUAUGACGGUUUCAUAACAUCUGCCGAUAAAGUCCAUGAAGAUGAAUGGUUUCACGCUAGCAUGGCACACAAAAAAACACCACUCAUUGGAGGACUUGAAGUCAUGUGAUUUCUAGCCUGCUUGGAUGAGUUUGGUGUGGAAGAGCAAGCCCAGGUCCAACAUGGCCUCCUCACACGGACGCGCUCUAAAACCGUUUUCCUCUAUUUUUUUUUUGCUCGUGUUUUUUCAGUCGGUCCUUAAAAACACGCAUCGCUCCAGUCGACUAUUGUUUUCGGUUCAUAAAAAAAGCAGAAUACUCCUGUCAGAUACGAAUAGAGGAUUUUUGACGGGCAUUUUUGCAGUUGGUCCUUAAAAACGGCAGCGCUCUCCGGUAAUGCAGUGAAUCUUUGACUCUUUUUUUUGCAGCAGGUUCUUAAAAGCGACAGAGGUCCUGUCAUAUAAAAGAUCUUUGACUCGCGUUUUCUUUAAAGUAGUUCCUUAAAAACAGCAUAUAGCAUAGAGGGGAUCCAUAAAAACUGCAUAGCGCUCCUGUCAUACAGAGCAUGUUUGGCUGGCGUUUUUGUAGUCGGUCUUUAAAAAAACAGCAGAGCCCUCCUGUCAUAAGAAUCCCUGACUCGUGUUUUUGCAGUUGGUCCUCUAAAAAACAGCAGACCCCUCUUUCGUUUUUGACUCCUGGCAUAUAGAGGAUCUUUGACUCAAGUUUUUUUCCAGGAGAUUUUUAAAACAGCAGUGCUUUCCUUUCAUAUAGAGGAUCUUUGACUUGUCUUUUUCCAGUAGGUCCUGAAAAAAUGCAUAGUGCUCCUUUCAUAUAGAGGAUCUUUGACUUGUCUUUUUCCAGUAGGUCCUGAAAAAAUGCAUAGUGCUCCUGUCACGUAGAGGAUCUUUGACUUGCAUUUUUUUUUUUUUUUUUUGCAGAAGGUCAUUCAAAGCUGCAGAGGUCCUGUAUAGAAAGGAUCUUUGACUUGCAUUUUUUUGCAUUAGAGCGUUAAAAAAAACAGCAUAGAACUCCUGUCAUACAGAGGAUCUUUGACUAGUGUUUUUGCAGUUGGUCCUAUAAAAAACAGCAGACCCCUCUUGUCAUGUAAAGGAUCUUUGACCUGCAUUUUUUUUUUGCAGUAGGUCCUUAAAACAGCAUAGCAUGACUGUCAUAUAGGUCAUUUUUGGCUCCUGUUUUUGCAGCAGAGCAACACUCCUAUCAUACAGAGGAUCUUUGACUCGCGUUUUUUCCAGUAGGUUUUUAAAACAGCAGUGCUUUCCUGUCAUAUAGAGGAUCUUUGACUUGUCUUUUUCCAGUAGGUUCUGAAAAAAUGCAUAGUGCUCAUGUCAAAUAGAGGAUCUUUGACUUGCAUUUUUUUUUUUUUUUUUUUUUUUUUGCAGUAGGUCCUUAAAACAGCAUAGCCCUAGUGUCAUAUAGAUCAUUUUUGGCUUCCGUUUUUGCAGUAGAGUUUACAAAAACAACAACACAGCACUCCUGUCAUAUAGAGGAUCUUUGACUAGUGUUUUUCCAGUCGGUUUUUAAAACAGUAGUUCUUUCCUGUCAUAUAGAGGACCUUUGACUUGUCUUUUUCCAGUAGGUCCUGAAAAAAAUGCAUAGUGCUUUUGUCAUAUAGAGGAUCUUUGACCAGCAUUUCCUUUUUUUUCCCCAGUAGGUCCUUAAAAACAGCAUAGCACUCCUGUCACAUAGAAGAUCUUUGACUCGUGUUUUUUUGCAGUAGGUCUUUAAAGACAGAAGAGAGGUCUUGUCAUAUAGAGGAUCUUUCACGAGCGUUUUUACAGUUGGACCGAUAAAAAAAAAAAAAAAAACAGCAGAUUCAUCCAGUCAUAUGGAAGAUUUUUGAUUCGUGUUUUUGCCGUCGCUCUUUAAAAACAGCAAAGCCCUCCCGUCAUAUAGAGAACCUCUGACUAGUGUUUUUGCGGUCCUCGUGUACAGUAUAUGCCCCACGUCGUCGUCCAUGACGUGGUUAAUAGUACACCGGGUCAUCGCCUCUGACAAAAAAGGUUAAUUUUUAAGCGUUUUGGCAGUGAUAACGUGACGGGAAAAGAGUGCGAUUGCAGUGCAAGUUUGCCGUGAGUAACCUUUGAGAAGGAUUUGUGUAGAGGCGUCUUGAUGCUCUGUGAGGGUGCGGCUGUGUUGUCGUGUGCUGGUUGUUGAUGAUAUCGCCCAACAUCAUGGCGAUAACACACUAGCAGGCAGCAGGAUCAUUCCAAUGGUGUCAAAUAGCAUGAAUAUAGCAAGUCUAUAUGUACCGUAUAUGAAGAUAAUUCAAUAUAGCACCAUACAGGCAAGGCUUUAUCAGCUUCAAAUGGAAGUGUCUUAUCAUCAUGUUCACUUUUCAAACUGCAGGUAGUAAAAUCAUACCCGAUUGUGCUUUAUGGCCGUGCAGUAAAAAUGCCUAAUGAAAAGCGGAAGCAGACAAAAGUGAGGCACAGCAAACGAGAAAGAGGCGCUUGUUGGGAGGUUUCAUUUUAGCUCACAUGAAUGUAUAGUCUGUGUUAUAGCCAGUCUUUUUUAAAUGUAGCUGUAUAACUGUGGCUUGCAAACAGUGAUGGCAGCAUCAUGGUCUGGUGCUGCACGAGUGCCGCCGACACGAGGGGAUCUGCGGUUCAUUGAGCGAAAACAUGACUUCCAACACAAGUGAGUAGCAAGAUACUUGUGUCUUGCCUACAGCCAAGCAUGGUGAUGGUAGCAUCAUGGUUUGAGUGCUGCACGAGUGCUGCUGACACCGGGGGAGCUGCGGUUCAUUGAGGGAAAACAUCUAUUCCAACACAUGCGAGGAGCAGGGUAAUUGUGUCUUCCCUACAGUCGAGCAUGGUGAUGGUAGCAUCAUGGUUUGAGUGCUCUGCACGAGUGCUGCCGUCACUGGGGAGCUGGGUUUUAUUGAAGAGAAAUAUGAAUUCCAACACAAGUGAGAAGCAAGACAAUCGUGUCUUGCUCACAGUCAAGCCUGGUGGUGGUGCAUUUAUGGUCUGGGGCUGCAUGAGUGCUGCUGACACUCGGGGAGCUGCAGUCCAUUGAGGGAAAGUAUGCAUUCCAACACAAGUGAGCAGCAAGAUAAUUGUGUUUUGCCUACAGUCAAGCAUGGUGAUGGCAGCAUCGUGGUUUGAGUGCUCUGCACGAGUGCUGCCGUCACUGGGGAGCUGGGUUUUAUUGAAGAGAAAUAUGAAUUCCAAUGCAAGUGAGAAGCAAGAUAAUCGUGUCUUGCUCACGGUCAAGCCUGGUGGUGGUUCAUUUAUGGUCUGGGGCUGCAUGAGUGGUGCUGACACUAUGGGAGCUGCAGUCCAUUGAGGGAAAGUAUGCAUUCCAACACAAGUGAGCAGCAAGAUAAUUGUGUCUUGCCUAUACUCAAGCAUGGUGAUGGCAGCAUCAUGGUUCGAGUGCUGCCAGCACUAGGGAGCUGCGGUUCAUUGAGGUGAAACAUGAAUUUCAACUCAAACGAGAAGCAAGAUAGUUGUCUACAGUCGAGCAUGGUGGUGGUAGCAUCAUGAUCUGCGGCUGUGAGAGUCCUGCCGGCACUGGGGGAGCUGCGGUUGCCGAAAUGCGAGGGUUGUCGUCACUUUUGCGAGGUACUGCGUGUACGUAAACUAUACUACUAAAUGAUGCCAGAGAGAUAUGUGUACGUGUUAAUGUGCAUGCUUGUGUGUGUGUGCGUGUGUGUCCACUGCUUUAAUGUGCUGCUGUUCGCAGAUAACGAUGAUUGCCACUCAUUAACUGCAUCAGGAAGUGGUUGUGUGUAGUCCGCACACACACACACACACACACACACACACACACACACACACCUAUCUUGGCAAGAAUCACAAAUAAGGGAUCUGUGAGGUUUUACUUUAGAUCUUGGACUAGGGUAGAGUUUUUCCAUACGUGUGUGUGUGUGCGUGUGUGUGUUUGUGUGUUUUCCAUACGUGUGUGUGUGCGCGUGUGUGUGCGUGUGUGUGUUUGUCAGUGUUGGCAAAGCAAACACACACAUGCGUCCGUCCAUCUCAAGUCAAAACACACUAAUUAAGCUGUUGAUUGAGGGAGCACUUCCAUCUCAAUGUACUGUCUGCAGGCUCCGGGGAACAGACCGGAUCCGUGAAAGACCGGAACGGACUCGACUAUGGUUCACUGUGUGUGUGUGUGUGAGUGUGUGUGUGUGUAUACAUACAGUGCACGGGAGGUCAUAAGAUCUGACAGGUUGUGUAUUACAAUAUUUGGAAAGCACGGCCGCUCACAGUUGGACAAAAAAAGAAGACAUUCUUGCAAGAGAUUUGCUGAUUUGCUGAUCAACUUUGACCCAAGCGAUGUCCAAUCAGCGAGGAUGCUCGUGUUGCUGCAGAUAGCAUCACGUCCAGCAUAAACAUGAUGAAAGUGCGAUAAAUAAGGGUGAACUCGUUGUCACCCUGAUGCACUAUUUGGAGUCACAACAAGUCUGUUGGCGGCUUCACCGGGAUUACAGGCGCCAGCUUCCCGCUAAGAACCUUAAACGAACAAAGGUCUGUGUUUAUCGAUAACUGCGCUCGCUUACGCAGAGCCGCUUUGCACCUGCGCUUUACUUCCCGCGGCUCAGUACUCCUCGGGAAACAAGGCGGCUCCUUGUGGUUUAAGCCGCCGUCUCGCUCUCGUUGGCGUGUGAAGGUCGCCGUUCGGGUCUGAGCUCAGGAUGUAGAUCUCGUUAUCUCGAUACGACGCUAAUCCCAACAUUCAUGGCCCGCGCGCUCCGACCGAACUCUGAGCGCUUGAUGGCCUAAAAUACCCCAGCGUCAUUGGUGCCACACGACACAGUAGUAGUGACACGUUCGUGUCCUGCAAAAGACACUGGAAGGGUGAACUCUGGACCCUCAACCCCAAACGUCUGGCAUGCAAACAACAGCUAGUUAGUUUGCAGGAUUACUAAUAUGUAAACCACUUGACCGUAAUUCCAAAAAGAAGCACCACUGCUGGUGAGUUGGUUAGUUAGUUUGCAGGCUUCAUUGACAACCUUCAAAAGGUCAAAAAGAAGGGGCACUUUCAUUUGUUUAACUGCUAACUACUAACCACUCUACUAUGUACAUCCUUCAGCACACCUCCCAAAAAGGGGAGAUAGUUAGUUAGGGUUUGGGUGAGUUAGUGCUGCCUCUUCUUUUACACCGCAUGUACGCGUUUACACGUGUACAUGUGUCCACAGAACCACAGAGAACUUGUUCGGGCUGAAAGAGGCUUUGACAGAUGGCCGGUUUGCGUGCGAAAACAAGCAGCAGUCCAGUUCUGGCCCGGCCCCCGCCCAAACUCCCAUUAGCAGACUAAAGUACGGUAAAUGAAGAUAAAGUAAUGGAAUGUUGAGUUCCUCAGUGUGCUAUGAUGGAUGAAGCUGAAGCUUAAUUCCAUGUGUUUUCUUCUUUCUUGUUACGUCAGACUUCCCAUCAUCUUAAUUUGUAUUCAGCGCUGAUAACGUGACCCCUUUUUGCACCCGCUCUCGAGGGACCGAGCUUGUGCAGGUGUACCUAAUCAAGUGGCUACACCGGAGCAGAACAAUGGUGUUCCUCUGUUCUAUUCCCAGAGGAGGCCGCUGCGUGAAAUGAUGAAUGCGCUCUGUGAAUAGACUCAUAUUGCCCCUCAGCGUUGCCAUGCGACGCCUGUCCGGCCCGCACAGCUUCCACAAGGAGACGAGCGAGGCUGAGAGAAGCGCCCGCUGUUAUUGGCCGUGGAAAAAAAAAGAGCCUGGGGGAUUCAUAUGCAUGUGAAUGAGGGAGGAGCCAGAAGCUCCAUUGAUAUUCCAUCCCUGUCUGCCUGAGUCUUGGAGAGAUGCUUCACAUCACCAAGGAAGUUGUGUCAACACUUUCCCUUUCUACUCCUUUAUGGAUGCAAACGGCAUCAAUAAUGGAGACAGUCUCAGUAUUGACCUCCCCCAAGGCCUAACAAUCCUAACCAAAUACAGUAUGUACGCCUGACUUGACGUGUCUGGUAAUAAUGUACCACUUCAGUCCUCUAGGUGGUGGUAAUGAGCAAUACAUAGGAAGUAGUAGGAGUUGUUCAUUUGGUGGGUCACUGCCCCUAACUAAUCCUGCUAACUAACUAACCUCUGAACCAUACUGGAUCUGUUUGUUAUCCCGCCAACUAACUGACUUCACUUUGGGAUUUGUGAUCAAAUGGUUGUUUUUUUUAGGAUUACUAACCAACUAACUCACCUACUAACCAGCACUGUUGCUUCUUUUUGCAGCAAAAAGAAGGCACAAAGGAGAAUUGAGGGCAGCUGCAUUAUAAAUGAAGUUGAAAAUAUCCCAUCCGUGUCUGUAUGGCUACCCCUGGACCAAUCAGAAGCGAGCUCUCCCACAGGGGCGGGGUUUCAUUCCCUGGUGUCCUCAUGAAAGAAACAGCAGAAAGGUCACGGGUGCGUAAUUGGAUGAGAAGGAGAGCGCUCAUUUUACUCGACGAGGGUGAUGGACGAGCUCUCAGCACUGAGAAGGACUAGAAGGUCCGCAUUUAGACUCCCGCAUGUGCGUCUGUAACGUUAGCAGGACAAGUGCUUCAGCAAGAGUGUCCAACUCUGGUGAAAUGUAUUUUUACACAAGGGGCAGCUGUUGGUUCGUGACAGAAGAGUAGACGCCGGUGCCGAUACGUCGUUUCAUGGGUGUUUCCUGUGUGUUUGCUCGCCGUCGAUCCUCUGCAUUUUGUCAUGAAUACACGCAAACCCGGGCUUUUAUUGUGGAAUCGGACACCGUGUCGCCAACUGAUCUGCAGCACUGACUCCGGGUUCUAUAAAUAGCGCCUCGUGCCUGUUUCCUGUCCUGCGAUGGCAGACAGCUCACCUUCAAGACGCGACCUCUCGCCUCCUUUGAGUGAGGACUUGUGGGUAGAUUGCUCACAUGGGGUCCUCGGUAUGAGACGUAGAUAGACACGAUUUUAUUAGACACUAUGGGCAUCUAAGGCUAAUAAACCCUUGUACAUCAUUCAAGGAUCUUGAAACACUUCAAGGAAAAAGGAACGGUAUCGGCAAUACCGAGACUGGACUUACUUGGUAUCUAAUUGAUACAAAAAUGUGCUGUAUCGACCAACCACCCCAGGUGUCAACGACCAAAAUCCAGUCAUUGGAAGAGAAUAGAAACAACCUCGUCAAUGCCCAGGUGAAAAGUACUGGAUAGUUCCUGUGAACUUGAAUCCAAAAUGACGGAACAUUGAACUUUGAUGUAUUUUUUAACAUUUUUACAUAAUUUUGUGUUUACGUUCUAUAGUGCGGGCAAUAGGUCGGACCGAAUUUCUCGGCGCAGCCGGGGCGUUGAGGGGUUCCGGUUCGGUGGCUGCAGGAUUGGGUCUCUGCGUUUUGAGCCGUGACCUUCGACUCUCACUGGAUCGGUUCGCAGCCGAGUGUGAAGCGGUCGGGUUGAGAAUCAGCACCUCCGAUUCCGAGUCCAUGGCUCUCGCCCGGAAAAGGGUGGCGUGCCAUCUCCGGGUCGGGGGUGAGGCCCUGCCCCAACUGGAGGCGUUUAAGUACCCCGGGAUCUUUUUCACGAGUCAGGGAUGGAUGGAACGUGAGAUUGACAGGCGAAUUGAUGCGCCGUCUGCAGUCCGUUGUGAUGAAGACAGAGCUGAGCCGAAAGGCAAAACUCUCAAUUUUACUGGCUGAUCUACGUUCCUACCCUCACCUGUGCUCAUGAGCUUUGGGUAGUGGCCGAAAGGGCAAGAUCACGGGCACAAGAGGCCAAAAUGAGUUGAGGGCAGCUGGGCUCUCCCCUAGAGAUAAGGUGAGAAGCGUUGUCAUCCAGGAGAAACUCGGAGUAGAACCACUGCUCCUCCACAUUGAGAGGAGCCAGAUCAGUUGGCUCCGGCAUCUGGUCAGGAUGCCUCCCGGAUAGCCUCCCUGGGGAGGUGUUCAGAGCACGUCCGACCGGUAGGAGGCCUCGGGGAAGACCCAGGACGCAUUGGAGAGACCAUGUCUCUCAACUGGCCUGGGAACGCCUCGGGAUCCACCGGGAGGAACUGGACGAAGUGGCUGAGGAGAAGGAAGUCUGGGCUUCCCUGCUUAGGCUGCUGCCCCCGCGACCCGACCUCAGAUAAGGGUUAGAAGAUGGAUGGAUGGAUGGACAUAGUGUUUUAAGACAUUGGACCUAAAAUCACCCAAAAACCUAAAAUCCGAGUAGGGAAAAGUGUGAUUGUUUUAGGGUAAAAAUGUGGAAGGAACCCUUCUUAUAACUUAACAUGCAAACAUCAAAGAUAUCAUUCAAUGUAAGCAAAUAAUGUCCAAAUAAUGUCGGCUGCCUUCUGACAAAAGACAAUUAAGGUGACGACAAAAUGUGACAAAACUCUGGAUCUACUUGACCGAUUUUCACCCUUUAAAGACUUGUAGGCUUGUAGACUUGUUAGUUUGAAGUCUACACAAGGGGAGUGUAUGUGUGUAUGCCGCCUGUUGUGCUUCGGCUUUUUCCGCGUCCGCCAGGUCCAAGAAAAAGUAGCUGCUGCUGUCAUUUUGUUUAUUUAUUGUCUCCUCGUUGUACUCUUCGGCCUGGGAAGGUUUUCCAGCAGCCCCAGUUUGUCUCUUCAUGUACCAAACUGGCCCAGAGGUAACGUCAAAGUAUGUUUUUGUUAUCAAAUACAAACAAAAGCACAAUAUUUUCAAGCUGGAUACACAUUUACACUUUAUUCCACGUAGUUAUUCACAGAAAUAAUACAACGUACUGUAUGUCUCUAGAUUUUUGUUUUUUUCUCUCCGAUUUAGGCCCCGCCCUGUGGUUGAAGAGCUCUGGUGCACAUAAAUAAUGUUGAUGGAGCUCCACCGGGGACAAAACAUUAAGCACAAAUUGUCCUGUUAAUGUGUGUUCCCACGGAAAAUGCGCACGGGUCAAAGAGAGGUUCAAAGGACGUAAACGUCGCCCGUGCUGCACUGUAACGUCAAAGAAAAAGAUGGCUAUCACACGAGGAGAGACAUUAGUCUGUGUGUUAUGCAACACGGGGGAGUGAGCAUCUUAAAGCAGCAGCAGCUCCAUGAGGGCUCACACACAAGGCGCCCGCCAGGCAGGCCCGACAGCGCCGUCACAAGUGGAGCAUGAAAGGUGAUGAAUGUCGAUGUUUAUCAUUCUGUGCUCCACUAGCAGCUGAAGCCAAAGACCUCGGGAGGGUUUUGUUUGAAUGUAAACAUUCGUGGUCUACAUCUUGUUCCGGACGCUUCACUUGUGACGUCUGUGACAAAGCACUGUCAGAAUAUUUACAAUAGACUAUUUUUCAAUGUGUAUUGUCUUUUAUUGUACUUGCUAUGGUAUUCAAGUGUGAUAUUCAGGACUAACGUGAUUCUAAAAAGUGGAUUUGCCAUUCAGCGAUAUCGUGCCGCCUUGUGCUGUGGCAUGCCUUUGCCAGCCCGAAAAUGUAUUUUAUUUUAUUGCAUAGAGAGACAUUAUUAAACCCAUUAUGUUAGGACAUUAUGUUAUUUUACUUUAUUUUAUUGGCCAGGGUAUGGUUGUUGUUGUUUUUUUGCUAAUUAUUUACUGUUUUGUUGCUUUUCUUCUCAAAUAUGUAUGAAUUUUAGAGAUUAUACAUUUAUAAAAUAGAUAUAAACAUUUUUUAAUCCUGUGAAGGGAAUUUUAUUUUUUUUAAUUUGAUUUUAUUUUCAAACUUUUUGGGGGUGAUAGAUUUGAUUAAUCAUGUGAGGGGAAAUUCCAUGAAAACCAAACCAAAUAUUUGAUUUGUUUAUUUAUUUACGGCUAAUGUAUGUUAUAUUCAUACAGUUUUAUUUGUAUAUAUCAUUGUAUUCAUAUAAUUUACACUAUAUUUGCAUAAUCUUAACUUUUAUAUUAUUUUCUCUAUAUAUUUAAUAAUAUUUAAUAUAAUGUAUUAUUGUGUAUUUAUUACUAGCACGUUUAUUUUGUUUUUGUUAACUCUGUACAGUGUAUUCAGGAACAAUUGCACCUCAUUUCAACAGUUCUUCUUGAAAAAUGUACUUCCUGAAUGGGGUUGUAGCGCCACCUUGUGUUGUGGCAUGCAUUUGACAACCUAAACGUGUGUGUUCUAUUCUAUGUACCAGAGUAGGCAUUUGGAAGUCGAAAGAAAACUUUUUGUUGCGGUUUUUCGGGGCUAAUCGCCUCCACAGCACCGGGUUACACUGCCACCUAGUGCUGUGGCAUGCAUCCAACACCAAAAUACGUUCCAAUUAGUUCCAUCAAUUCUGCGUCAUCUCUCAUGUGUUUAUUGUGUGUUUACUUCCUCUUCGUGCCAAAAUAGGAACGUGCGUCCCAUAUGAAGAAACACCGGCGGCCCCAUUAUAGCUACAGGAUUGUUCUCAUGGUUUAUUCAACGUAUCCUCCUGUUGCUCCAUUGUCUUCGACCUCUGGGAAGCUGCUAAUGUGGCGCCACUUGGAUAAAUAUCUGAUCUCUUCCACAGGUGACUCAACGAACGUGUGUACUCAUUCAAAUCUCUGACCUUUGACCUCACAGAAUGGCAGAAAUAUGUGUUUACCUGCUGCAGCCGCACAAAUAAAUCAGACUGCACAUGUUAAAAUAAUAAUCACGCACUUCCUGCCAAGCUGGACUCAUGCACUGCUGGAAACGGAAGAUUAAAGGAAGACACAAGCAAGGAAAAAAAUAACCUUCCCGACCAGAUGAGAGUUAAUUUCACAAUCUGUGGCUUUACUCCUCUACGUACACACACAGGGGACACACUUCUUUCCUGUCUGAUUAAGCGCAAAACGGGAAGGACAAGUUUGCUGACGCGCAAUCAGCUGAUGGCCAGUGCUGAGUUUCCUGCUCGAGUGACCUUGGGUGCAAAAAAAAAGAUUUAGCCAGAAGAAGAGAAUCCCCCUCCCCCUUUUAGAAAGCACACUAAUAAAUAAAAGUGUGAAUGAAGCACACACAUGCUUCGGAGGUGUUCUUUUACUUUCUGCAAAUGAUUCUCCAGCAGAGUGAGGCCUCAGCCAAGGACAGGAUUAAAUCAAAUAGCAGCUUUGUUCGUCUGUCAGGAGACACAACAUGCAAACACAGUGGACGGUGAUUAUGUGCUGACACCUGCUGGACACUUUUGUGACUACACCGUUAAAAAGUGGCUUUUCUCUUUGUGUGUUUGAGCGUUUCUUUCUUUUUUUUAAAGCGUAAAUGAACAUUUUCGUUACUUACAUUUCGACGAUAUUGUAAAGUGACACUAAUUGUAUCUUGUUUGCUGUUUAUAAUAGCAGUUCCUAUUCUUGUUGUUUCAUUGGUGAUGCUUGGUAAACAACCUUUUGGUACACCGCCACCUUGUGACCGAGUUUGUUUCGUCAAAUCAUAGAGCAUAAAUCUCAGUGCUAUCGUACUCCUUUUCUCUUAGCAUUCAGCAUUAUUUUUUUACAUGUUUCAACGAUCAUUAUUCUCAUAUUAUUUUAUUAUUACGAUAAUUUUUCAACAAUAGAACUUUAUACGUUAUUUUUACGUCAAACGCUCUCGGCACGGCGUGUCUCCUAAAUCGAACGCACACUGAGCGUAGGCGUACCCAUGUGAUUCAACCUAACCAAUCGCGUUCGUUUUUGGGUGAUUAUCUGGUCACUGAGUGGCUACAAUGAAAAUCGCUCAGGAUUUCUCAAGUGACGGCAGUUCCGCAUCAACAGAGUGCUUCAGUAAAGUGAGAUGCAGGCAAUAAGAAACUUCUUCCGGCCAGCAUGGACGAGUACCGAGAGACUGGAAGGCAAGACGGUGCUCAUCACCGGAGCCAACACCGGCAUCGGCAAACAGACAGCGGUUGACUUAGCCAGGAGAGGGGCCAAGAUCAUUAUGGCGUGCAGGGACAUGGAGAAAGCCCAGGCUGCUGCCAAAGAGGUCAAAGAAAGUUCCGGCAAUGACAAUAUUGUUUGCAUGAAACUCGACCUGGCCGACAGCAAAUCCAUCAGAGAGUUUGCGCAGGCCAUCAACCAAGGGGAGUCAAAACUGAACAUCCUCAUCAACAACGCAGGUGUAAUGGUGUGUCCUUACGGGAAAACAGCCGAUGGUUUUGAGCUGCAGAUCGGCAUCAAUCACAUGGGUCACUUCCUGCUGACCUAUCUGCUCCUGGACCUGAUCAAGCGCUCAGCACCGGCCAGGAUCAUCAAUGUGUCGUCCAUGAUUCACUCGUGGGGCUCCAUCAACUUGGAGGAUAUCAACAGCGAGAAGAGUUACGACAAGCAGAAGGCUUACGCUCAGAGCAAGCUGGCCAACGUGCUGUUCACACGCUCACUGGCCCAACGCCUCCAAGGCACCGGUGUAACGGCAUACUCCCUCCACCCGGGCGUGGUCCAGACAGACUUGUGGCGUCACCUGAGCGGGCCCCAGCGCUUCCUGAUGAAGUUCGCCAGCCCCUUCACCAAGUCAUCGGCACAGGGCGCCCAGACAACCAUCUACUGUGCCGUAGAGCCGGCGCUGGAGAACGAGAGCGGCGGGUACUACAGCGACUGCGCACCCGCCAACUGCUCAGCGGCGGGCAAAAACGACGUUGUGGCGCAGAAGCUGUGGGAGCUGAGCUGUCAGAUGCUGAACAUCACUUGGGAGUGACGCCAGCUUCCGUUUACACAUGAAAGUUAAACUGUAGGUUUGGAUUUGGAAUAUUUUUAUGUCCUUUACUUGUGUGAUAUUUUCUUACAUUAAAGCAAAUCUGACACCUUCACGUGACGUGUUCGACGCUGCUUGCUUAUAUUAAGAUUUCCACAAAAAAUAGGAAGACCUCCAUUAAUGCACACUUUAAAAUCC